AUGUUUGAAAAAGUUAAAAACAGUCAUAUUUACGAAGACUGGGUCAAGACUGCACACCUUCUCGAUCCAGUAUUUGAUUAUAUAUCUUUUGUAGACCUUGCCAACGUAGAUAAAGAUUUGACAAAUGUUUCAUAUCUCAAGAGGAGAGAAAGCGAAUUCACAGAAAGCAUUAGGAAUCAAAGGUUACAGGUAGUCGAGAAAUUGAAUGCGGAUACAUCCGAGAAAAUAACUUCCGUGUCAAAAAAGCUGAUUGUUAGAUAUGUGUCAGCUCAGCUUCUUCUGCAUCAUUCUCAUCACAGCCACCAAUACGCGUAUCAAUUUCAUCAACCACAAUUCCACCCAAGAAAAGAAUCAUCGCCCAAAAACACGAACGAUAUUGGUAAUAAGAAAUUUCUGGCUAAUAUUAUCCAUGCUGUAAAUGGUAUCUGUGAUGAAUUACCUGAUGAUCUAGUUAUCUCUAUUGAUGACAAGGGUAUUAACAAGCUUGUUAAAAGCUACCUCGGCGAACAACGUUUUCAAUCUCUUGAAUCCAACACUGGCUUACCAGAGCACUCGCUGACACCACCUUGCCAGAAGCUAUUGGACUUGAUAAAUAAUGCACCUCCAAGUCCAGUGGUGAUCCGAAAGAUUAUCAGAAAGUCGACGCUUGGUGAUGAGAUUUUUAAUUUUAUUGUGCACUCUGACCUGAAUUUUGCAGAGACGACCAUAACCCACUUUUUGAACUUGAUGAUGAGUCCUUGUAAUCCAUUGGUACAUCAGACCCUGGAACGAACGGCAGCCACAUUUACCACGGUUACAAUAAUCAAUAACCUCUUUUUUGCCAAUAAUGAUAUUAUUAAUCUUGCAUGUAUUCAAAAAAAAAAAGUGAUUCUGCUCGGUAGGUUCGAAAAAGAAGUAUGGACAGCCGGCAAUACAAAAUGGGAUGGCGUAGCACUUGCUGUUAAGGAUAAAACAGUAGCACCAGUCCUAAUUGAGUUCUCUGGGGGGUAUUAUGUCCAACAGCACGGCAAAGAAGGAGAAGGACGAUGA